AUGGUCUGGGUUAAUGGGUGUCCUCAAUUUCUGAUAAAUGUUCCGGUGACUGAAGAGAUUUUAGACUUGAUAGAUAUCCCCCAUACUCCGUUACUUGGAGUGCUCACUAAAACGAGUGUAUUUAUUUUUAAUCAAUUUACCUUAUUACCACUAGGAUCCCAUGUUCGAAAUCUGAAAUCGAUUGAAUCAGAUGGAAGUAAUAUGCAAAUGAAAACUAAACAUGUUAGUGUAAACACAGCUAAAUUUCAAAAAUUAAACACCGUCAACUUGUUCAUUCAAACGGAUUUGAAUUUUUUAAUCAUUUAUCAAAUUUCAAUUAAUUAUUCAUCAUCUAUUUAUGAAGUUCACAACAAGAAUGAUGAAUUGAUCCAAAAUGGAUUACCUUUAAGUUUUACUCCCCUGGGAUUCUCAAUAACUAAUUUUUUUAAAUCAGCCACAAAGACAAUUAUCCAUGGUUCAGAAGAUAUCUCUAUAAACUUGGAAAAUAUCGAAAAUGCAAACAAUUGUCCAAUUGAAGAUGAUAUUGGUGGAUUGAAUAUCGAACCUAUUAAAUUAUCCAUCUUCAAGAUUUUGAAAAUUGGUAUUGGAUUAAAAGAUUUUUGGUUGCAACAAAAUUCACACAAUUUGUACAUAUUUAACAAUCACGAUGAGAAGAACCAUGACAUUUCGACGGAAAAAGACGACGACUAUCUACAGAUGGUUAACAUAUUAAAUUUCAAAACGAAACUUUUCCACUUUCUGGAUUUUGCCUGGUAUAACAAUUGCAAGAUUACAUUUAUUACAUACAACGAAUUUUUAAAUUAUUUCUUGUUCGUUAAUAAGAAGAACGAGAUUUGGUAUAUGACUUUGGAAGAUGAAAAAGACCAUGGAUAUAAAAUUGGAACAGGCGAGAAUAUUGACAACAUCUGGUUUAAUCCCCAGACUAAUUUAUUGGUGGUUAAACAGGAAGGAUUGAAACUUUACAGCAUAAAACAUAAGCAACUUAAUUUCUUGAAAGACUUGGAUAUUGAAGAAGGAGAAGUUGAGUGGUCGCCUUGCGGUGAAUUUUUUAAGUUAAUAAAUAAAUCGGAUAACAGCUGGAAACUUGUAUCAAGAUUCGGGAAUAUAAAAUUUGACUCACAACAAGUCUUGAAUGAGUUGGAUGAGUCAAAUGAUACUAAUAGAGACUUUUUGAAAGCAACAAUGAUUACAAUAGCAGGAAAUGGAUCAAUCUUGUAUGUAUUAAACAUGGCUAAGUUGUUCUGCGUUUCAUUGAACAAAUCAGAUGGACCAAUUUUAUACAACAAAGAAUAUAUGAGUAUAAUCCAGAAUAACAAGGACAUUAUUAGAUUUCCGAUGUUGGCAAGGUUCAAGAAGAUAUUGUUAAAUCAAGAGCAUUUUAAUGGGAAAGUAAACCAACAUAAAAAGAGCGAAAGUGGGAAAUUAACGUUUAGCAGAAGUCCGCAUAACCAGUUGGCUAUAGCUUACGGAGACUACCUUUCUGUUUCAACACCGUAUUCGCAAGGUGAUAAAAUUGAUCAUAUUAUUUGGUUCAACUUUAGGAAUCAUUUUGCCGAUUCAUUGAAUAUUGUACAUCAAUUCUGGUUUCAAGAUUAUUUAAUUGUUAUAAAUAGGAGAUCCAGACUUGUAUUUGAAGAAAAUGAUGAAGAUGACAAAGAUCAUUUGGUUGACGAAUUUAUUGUAUUAGACGCUUCAAGAACCAAGUUUGGAAUGGGAGGAGAAGAUAUUUCUUUCACGAGCGAUUCACUUUUAUGGAAGUAUGAUUUCAAGAGCACUUUUAUAAAUGUGCAUUUGUCUAAUGAUAAGAACAAUACUGGUCAAGUGAUUAUACUUACAGCAGACCACAGAUUAAUUGUCCUUCAAUUGGCUACAGACAAGACGGUGAAAACUGAUACUGAAAUUAAACAUUACAAGAUUUUCAUCUCAGUGAAUAAAACUGUGCAUUUAUCAAGCAUAAGUCAUCGAAUUGACCUCGAUGCGGUUAUCCAAACAAGUAUGAUAAACAAUAGGCACUUUUUAUUUUUACUAGCUACAGGAGAUUUCUAUCUAUUGAAAAACCAAUCAAGACCAUUGAUACAUACUCCGGCACAGGCAGUGAAACCUACAAGCAAUAACAAUAACAAUAUGUAUGAUUUGAUAAAAUUGCACUCCAGUAUAGAGUUCUUUAAGUUCAAGUCUAUAAAAUUCGAGAAUGACUUACGAUUCAUUUAUUUAUUCAAUGGGAAGCAAGUGUUGAUUUACGAGAUUGAUGAGAUGAUAGAAAAAGCAUACGAUAAGACAAAGAAACACCCUGAUGAAGUUUUGGAUUUCGAUGACGAAGAAGAUGCAUUGAUACCUAUUAUAAUUGAUACUGACGGAAUGCAACCCUUUGAGUUUGACGCGAUUUUAGAUAACAAGUCUUUAGAUUUGAUUGGAUUAGAAACUUUAGCAAUUGAUAAACAAACGGCUGGUGGAUUAAUAAUUAGAAAUAGAAUAUCUCACAAACUCAUUUUGAAUAACUUCAUUGAGUUUGAUUUGCUUCACAAGGGUGAUUUGGAAAGUUCUUUCAAGAAAUAUAAACAUUUCAGGAGUUUCCAUUAUUGUCUAGAGUUACUUUUGUUCAAACAUUUAACUGAUGAAAAAUACUUACCAUUAAAGAGAUUAUUCCAGUUGAUCGAGUUUACCGACAAUUCAGAGUUUAUCUAUAUCAACUGUUUGAGAAAAAUUGAGAUUGGAUACUGGAAUACAUUUUUCAAUGUUUUGGAAACAACACCAGAGGAAUUUAUGAAUCGAUUAAUUGAAAUUGACAACGUUGAAUUGUGCUACAACUAUUUGAUCAUUUAUUUAAAUUAUAAGCAUGAAGAUGAAAAGAGUAGUAAAGAUCAAUUGAGUGAAGUCGAUAAAGAAAUCAUCUUAAAAAUUAUAACAAUGCUUACCAGAGCAGGUAAAUGGGAUUGGUGUUUUGAAUUAUGUAGAUUUGUUAAGAUUUUGGAACAUUCAGACGAAUUUCUUAAACAGAUCAAACAAGAAUUAGAAUAG